AGAAUGGGAAAAAAUGCCGGUGGGCUGAACAGUGACGAAACAGGUUGAGUUAGUGACCUCAAAAAUUAAAAACUGGUUGAAAAUUAUGUCCAUAUCUGAUGCACUGGUAAUACAAUAAUACGAAAAAAUCAGUAAAAAAUAAAAUUGCUAUCGUUUCAAUAGAAUUCUAUUUUUAUUAAAUUAUGUCGAAAACGAGUUCAUCUAAUGUUCCAAUUAGUUGUAUUUUUAGAUUUACUACUAAAGAAUUCGGUACCUGCCAACACAUGGUCUGUUUAUUCCAGACAAAAUAUAAUAAAUGAACUUGCCAAAAACAGCUUGGAUCACAAACGACUUUUAAAUAGUUCAUUAAUUAAAAAAUGCGCUUCUUACCUUUCAUCCUUCAGUUGAGUUAUUUACUUUCAAAAAUUAAUUUUCAAUUACAAAAACAUUAAGGGCCUUCGGCCAAAUUACGAAAAUAAGUAUAUAAGUAUAAAAUCGUCAGGCCCAUUUCAAGUUAUAAUUGUUUUUUUGGUGAUAACACAACGAUGACGCGCACUAAAUUAUUUAUACUAUUCGGGAUAUUAAAUGCCGUUAACAUAAUUUCUGCGGGCCGAACUCCUUUGAAAGUAAAAUGGGUUGAAUUAACUGCUAUCGAAGAAACAAAAAAACCGGAAACCGAUUCAAAACCAUAUCCUGCGGCUGUCGCAACACUGGAAGUUUUAAAACCAUAUCCACCAGCUCCCGUGAGUGUUGCUCCAAUUCUAAAUAUCGCUAAUUCAUUCCCUUAUCCUCCGGCUACCAUUGUACAACCCCAAAUUGUCGAAGAAAUUAAAACUCCGGUUGUAACAGAAAUCCAUUACAACGCACCUGCUGUAGACAUAGUAAAGCCAUAUCCUCCUGCAGCCCCUGUAGAAGUUGUACAACCUGUUGUUCACGAACAAGUUGCACAAUUCCCCUACCCUGCUGCUGUUGUUGAAGAAAUUCAACCGAUUGUAACCGAAUACAACUACAAUUUUCCUCCUGUGGCUCCUGUAGAAAUUGUACAACCUGUUGUUUCUACACAUCCCUAUCCACCUGCUGUUGCCGAUGAGAUAAAAACACCUAUUGUAACCGAUUAUCACUACAACCUUCCUGCUGUGGAAAUAGUGAAACCCUACCCCCCUGCAGCUCCUGUCGAAGUUGUACAACCUGUUGUACCAGAACCGUACGUUCCCGCUAUUGAAGAAAUUAAAACUCCGAUUGUAACUGAAUACCACUACAAUCUUCCUGCUGCCGAAACAUUAAAACCGUAUCCUCCUGCAGCACCUGUAGAAGUUGUACAACCUGUUGUUUCUACACACCCCUAUCCACCUGCUGUUGUCGAGGAGACAAAAACCCCAAUUGUAACCGAAUAUCACUACGACCUUCCUACUGUAGAAAUAGUGAAACCCUAUCCUGCAGCUCCUGUAGAAGUUGUACAACCUGUUGUUCACGAACAAGUCGCAACAUUCCCCUACCCUGCUGCUGUUGUGGAAGAAAAUAAAACCCCGAUUGUAACCGAAUAUCACUACAACCUUCCUGCUGGAGAAAUAUUAAAACCGUAUCCUCCAGCAGCUGUAGAAGUUGUACCUGAACCAGUCGCUACAUUUCCCUAUGCUCCUGCUGUUAACAAAAUUCAACCGGUUGUGACCGAAUAUCAAAUUCCUGCAGUAGAAAUAGUAAAACCUGCUCCCCAAGUUGUAGCAACAUUCCCUUAUCCUGCAGCAGUUGUAGAAGAAAUAAAAACUCCAAUUCUUCCACCUCCUGCCGCAGAAACCCUAUAUCCAUACCCACCAGCAGUUAUACAAACAGCCCACCCUGUGGUUAAUGAACUGUUAGCUACGUAUCCAUACCCAGCUGCUGUUCCUGCUGAAGCUGUGCACAUAAGAGAACCGCGAAAAAUAACAGAAAAUUCAAACCAAUCGCAAAUGUAA